AUGUCUAGCACCUCUCACCAACAGUCAACGAGCGAGCCAUCACGGGCGUCGCCACAACCGCAGGCCUCAGAGACCCCUAGCAAUCAAUCAAAUACCUACAUAGACGACAAUGAUUCAGGGUGGGAGGAUGCCAUUGAGGAAAGCGACAAAUCAAGCAUAGACGACAUAGUUACCUUGAAGUGUGUUCCAUCGAAAGCGAAUCCUGCCCGUCAGAUGUCACUCAUUAGUCUUAUGUUUCUGACUGACUACCACCACCGCCAUCGAGCUGCUCCUCUCUCGCCCAGUGAAACGAGGAAGAACAUGUUGGCUACGGAACUGACCGAGUCACUACGACGUCAGCUACUGUGUGAGCGACAGCGCCACACCUCGCUUGAUGUGGCCAAUUUGAAGCAGUGUCCGGAGCGAGCCUACAUGGAAAACGAGUCUUACCCCAGGAGCUGCGACCAAUAUUGUAUCUGUGACUACCACACGCACGGCUGGUAA